AUGCUUGACAGUAAAGCGCCGGGAUCGUCCUUCUCCAUUGAAAACCUGCUCCGCUCCACCCGGACCGACGACCGAGGAAGAGCUUCUUCGCUCGGCGGCCGAGUUGAAGCCAAGCGGGCUGAAGUUGGAGGGGAGAGCCGCUGUUCUCCCUCUGCGGCCCGGAUCUGUUCUCUGGGACUGGACGGGGAACCGGUACACGAUAGAGACACGCUGGACUGGUGCGGGACAUCCCCCGGCGACCUCUAUACCAGGAGUCCACAGCACCGACCCAGGACCAGGACCUCGGCGCCCACGGGACGCCGGGAGUCCCCGACUUUACCGGCACCGGCGGACGACAACGACGAGCCGGUGGAGAGAGGAGACACGAGUAUAGCUGAAGACCGAGACGAAGACGAGGAGGAGGAGGAUGAGGAAGAGGAGGAGGGGGAGGACGUGGCGAGGUCCCCCUGCUUCGCGCAAAGCGACGCAGACGACGCCAAAAUAGUGGCGACGCGCAAGAAGAAGACGCGCACCGUGUUCAGCCGCACUCAGGUGUUCCAGCUGGAGUCCACCUUCGACCUGAAACGGUACCUGAGCAGCUCGGAGAGGGCGGGGCUGGCCGCCUCCCUCCAGCUCACCGAGACGCAGGUGAAGAUCUGGUUCCAGAACCGGCGGAACAAGUGGAAGAGGCAGAUCGCCGCCGACGCGGAGGCCGGCGGAGGAGGAGCCGCCGUCCCGUAUCCGGCGCAGAGGAUCGUCCGCGUGCCCAUUUUAUACCACGAGGCUCCCUCACCCACCGUGACCCUGACUAACCUGACUAACUUGCCCCAAGUGUCGCCCCCCGUGGUUGGCUUCUCUAACGCUCUCAGUUACCGUUUUACCCACUUCAGCCACCCGGUGUCUUUCCUAUAA